GCCGGCCCGGAAGUUGUCUCGUACGGUUGGUGUCUCGCGUGUUGUACUUCUGAGCCAACACCGGUGGAAAUGUCGUUCUGUUCCUUCUACGGUCGGGAGGUUUAUAAAGACCAUUUCACACCAGGAAUUUACGCAUGCGCCAAGUGUGAUCACCAUCUGUUCUCCAGCCGCUCCAAGUACGAGCAUUCGUCUCCCUGGCCGGCCUUCACGGAGACCGUCCGCCAAGACAGCGUGGCCAAACGCCAGGAGAGACCUGGAGCCUUCAAGGUGUUGUGCGGCAUGUGUGGAAAUGGCCUCGGCCACGAGUUUGUCAACGACGGGCCUGCUAAAGGCUUGUCUCGUUUUUGAAUAUUCAGCAGCUCACUAAAGUUCAUCCCGAAAGAAAAGGUCGAUGGACAGUAAAGUGAGCGUUGAGGAGGAAGUUCAGCUUGACUUGUAAACAUUUGCAGAUGUUGAUGAUGCUCAGUAAGUGUGGACAGCGAAUGACGCGCUCUGGGGAAAAAGCCCGACCCGGCAGCACCAGAGUUCCGAUGGACCUUGGCCUCACUGGACGGCAACAGUAGAACAAACGAACGAACAAACAAAGAAAAAAAAUACUUUUUUUGGUCAUGCAGUAAUUGAGACUCAGGAAAGCCUUUGCUAACUUUUGCACUUGAGUUUUUAUCUUCUGGAACAUACUAGAAAUUCAUUGUUAUGUUUUCAUCCUCGGAAUAUUGACAUGUAAACACAAUGUUGGCUCUAUUUUUGUCAAUCAAGGAAAUGUUUGAUAAAACAGAUGUAACAUAUUUUAAUAUUUAUUCCAAUACUAUCCAUUAUCUCGUGAUGAAAAGAACCAGUACUUAACUACAGCGGCAUGUUUAAGGAAAAAAUCGAAUAAAUAUAUUUGAACGUA